AAAAAGGGCGCAUCAGGCAUUAAUAGGGAAAGUGUGAGCACGCGAGGCGCCCAGCUCCAACUUAUUCCCGCCAAUCCCAAACCUUAAAACAAUGGCGUUUCCACUUCACAGUCUUCACUCUCGUAAACACACGACCAAAUUUCCCAAGAGUUUCCUAUUGUAAUUUGUGAUCAACAGAAGAAAUAGCAAUCUCACACCGCAUUGCUGCUUCAAAUUGUAAGUUCAGCUAUCCUGCUCAGGAUAAUGGCCGACAAUUUUGAGGACCACAACAAGCUUCCCGAACUCAAACUCGAUGCCAAACAAGCUCAAGGGUUUCUCUCAUUCUUCAAAAAGCUACACACUGACCCACGAGCCAUUCGAUUCUUCGAUCGCAAGGACUACUAUACUACGCAUGGCGAGAAUGCAACCUUCAUUGCCAAGACCUAUUACCACACUACAACUGCUGUGCGCCAACUAGGAAGUGGCUCGGAUGCCAUUUCUAGUGUUAGCGUAAGCAAGAAUAUGUUUGAGACCGUGGCCCGAGACCUUCUUCUGGAGAGGACUGAUCACACUCUUGAACUGUAUGAGGGCAACGGAGCAAAUUGGAGACUUGUGAAAAGUGGAAGCCCUGGAAAUUUAGGCAGUUUCGAAGAGAUUCUGUUUGCCAAUAAUGAAAUGCAGGACUCUCCAGCAAUUGUGGCUGUCAUUUCAAAUUUACGUGAAAGUGGAUGUACUGUAGGGUUGGGCUAUGUUGAUCUUACUAAAAGAGUACUUGGAUUGGCUGAGUUCCCUGAUGAUAGCCACUAUACAAAUUUGGAGUCAACUCUUGUUGCUCUUGGCUGUAAAGAAUGCCUUUUGCCUGCAGACAUUGCAAAAUCUAGUGAAUUUAAAUCAUUAACUGAUGCAUUGUCCAGGUGUGGUGUAAUGGUGAUGGAAAGAAAAAAAGGUGAGUUUAAAGGGAGGGAUUUGGUACAAGAUCUUGGUAGGCUUGUGAAAGGCUCCAUAGAUCCAGUAAGAGAUCUGCUUGCUGCAUUUGAAUUUGCACCUGGUGCUCUUGGGUGUAUAAUGUCUUAUGCAGAUCUACUUGCAGAUGAGACCAAUUAUGGUAACUACAAGAUCCAAAGGUACGAUCUUGAUAGUUACAUGAGAUUAGAUUCCGCUGCAAUGAGGGCACUAAAUGUCAUGGAGAGCAAAUCUGAUGCUAACAAAAACUUUAGCUUAUUUGGUCUUUUGAAUAGAACCUGUACUGCAGGAAUGGGCAAGCGCCUGCUGCACAUGUGGCUGAAACAGCCCUUAUUAGAUGUAGAUGAGAUAAACUUUAGGCUUAAUUUGGUACAAGCUUUUGUGGAGGAUGCUGCCCUACGCCAAGAUCUGAGGCAGCACUUGAAACGGAUUUCAGAUAUAGAGCGACUUACGCGCUCCCUUGAGAAGAAAAAAGCUAGUCUAGUUCAUGUUGUUAAGCUUUAUCAGUCUAGCAUCAGACUUCCAUUCAUUAAAAAUGCACUGGAACAGUACAAUGGCCAAUUUGCUUCAUUGAUUAAGGAAAGGUACUUGGAUCCUCUUGACAAAUGGACCGAUGAUCAGCAUUUGAACAAAUUCAUUGGUCUUGUGGAAGCUUCCGUCGACCUUGAUCAACUUGAAAAUGGAGAAUACAUGAUUUCAUCAGGGUAUGAUUCACAGUUAUUGACUUUGAAAAACGAGCAAGAAUCACUGGAACAUCAGAUACAUGAUUUGCACAUAACAGCCGCUAAUGAUCUUGAUCUGGCUCUUGAUAAAGCUUUGAAAUUAGAGAAAGGGACACAAUAUGGAUAUGCUUUUAGGAUUACCAAAAAGGAGGAGCCAAAAGUAAGGAAAAAGCUCAAUGUGCACUUUAUUGUUCUUGAAACUCGCAAGGAUGGGGUGAAGUUCACAAACACAAAGCUAAAGAAACUAAGUGACCAAUAUCAGAAGGUGGUUGACGAAUAUAAAACUUGCCAGAGAGAAUUGGUUGCACGAGUAGUCCAAACUGCUGCAAGUUUUUCAGAGGUAUCUAUUUUGUGUAACUUGGAUGGAUUAGCUUGGUCGCUCUCUGAAAUGGAUGUUUUACUUAGUUUUGCCGAUUUGGCUGCCGUCUCCCCCACCGCUUACACUCGACCGAUCAUCACUCCAUCAGAUGAGGGAGAUAUUAUUUUAGAAGGGAGUCGGCAUCCUUGUGUUGAAGCUCAAGACUGGGUGAACUUUAUCCCAAAUGAUUGUAAACUUGUGAGGGGGAAAAGCUGGUUCCAGAUUAUCACAGGACCUAAUAUGGGUGGAAAAUCAACAUUCAUACGACAGGUUGGUGUGAAUAUUCUAAUGGCACAAGUUGGUUCUUUCGUCCCAUGUGACAAUGCUAGCAUUUCUAUACGCGACUGCAUUUUUGCUCGUGUGGGUGCUGGUGACUGCCAGCUACGUGGGGUUUCAACUUUCAUGCAAGAAAUGCUAGAGACGGCAUCAAUCUUGAAAGGAGCAACUGAGAGGUCGUUAAUCAUCAUUGAUGAGCUAGGUCGUGGCACAUCAACAUAUGAUGGAUUUGGCCUAGCUUGGGCAAUUUGUGAGCAUAUAGUUGAAGUGAUACAAGCACCUACGCUAUUUGCAACUCACUUCCAUGAGCUAACUGCCUUAGCUCCUGAAAGUACUAGCAACGAGCAAUCUUCCAAGAAACUUCCAGGAAUAUCUAAUUAUCAUGUGAGCGCACACAUUGACUCGUCAAGUCGCAAACUUACGAUGCUUUAUAAGGUUGAAGCAGGAGCCUGUGAUCAAAGUUUUGGCAUACAUGUUGCAGAAUUCGCCAACUUUCCAGAAAGCGUUGUUGCCCUUGCCCGAGCUAAGGCUUCUGAAUUAGAAGAUUUUUCACCAGCAGCAAUUUUACCUUCUGAUCCCAAAGAGGUUGGAUCCAAACGGAAGCGAGUAGAGGACUCUGAUGAUGUUACUAAGGGCUCUGAACGGGCUCGCCAGUUCUUGAAGGACUUCUCCGAGUUACCACUAGACAAGAUGGAGUUGGAACAAGCACUACAACAAGUUAGCAAAUUGAAAGAAGGCCUAGAAAAGGAUGCAGUUAACAGCUGCUGGCUCCAGCAGUUCCUCUAGUACAUAGUUUGGCAUUUAUUAGAAGUUGCAUUCACUCCUUCACUGCUCUCAUUGCAUCGAUCUGCUUUGCUACUUUCAGCAUUAAUUUUUGCGAUCUUAUGAUCUAAAUUAAAUAUCUGGUAUUUGUAGUGUCCACCGUUUUGCUCUAGUUGUUAUUGGCGGAACUUGGAUGGUUGUUUCUUGUAGAUAUGUAUGUUGGUUAAAGUUUGCCCUUGUGUUCA